AUGGCUUUUGGUAGUAAUAAUAAUGACAAUAGUCAAUCAAAUAAUAAUAACAAUAAUAAUAUUUUUUCACAUAUUUUAUUAGCAAAAAUUAUUAAUUUUAUCAAUGAUAAUAUAGAUAGAAUAGUGUUUACAUUGGUUUGUAAAAAAUGGUACAAUGAAAGAGAUAAAUAUCUAUCUUUUAAUAAUCAUCAUAUCAACAUCAUUAAUGAUCGAAAUAAUAAAUAUAUACAUUUAAAUUCAUAUAAAUCAAUGAUAAUCGAUGAUAUCAAUAGAAAAACUAAAAAUAAAGCUAUUUUUGGUAGAGAUUUUUUUAGAUAUUAUUAUGAUUAUGUAAUAACAAAAGAUCAAUUUGAUGAUAUCGAAAGAUUUAAAAGAUUAAACAUUGAUAAAUUAAAAAUUGGUUUAGAGCAAAAUGCUGAAAACCAAGAGAAUAUAAAGAAGAUAUAUCGAUUGAUAUCCGAUUUAAAUAUACCAAAGUUAAAGUAUGUUCAAUCAAUCUCAGAAUUACCAAUGAAUAUUACAUCGUUAUCAUUCUGCUAUAUGUUUCGCGAGGAGGUAGUGCCUGGAUGUCUUCCACCGAAUUUGAAAACACUCAAGUUUGGCCGAUAUUUCAAUCAACCAAUCUUGGCAGGUGUUCUUCCAAGCACAUUGGAGAAAUUGAUUUUCAACAAGUCAUUCAAUCACCCACUCGAACCUGGAGUGUUACCAUCAUCUUUGAAGAUUCUCAAAUUCAAACAAUCCACUUUCCAACAAGAUAUUAAAUUUGGAACUUUUCCAUCGAAUCUUGAAGUACUGGAAUUCUCUGGAAACAUUUCAACUAUCGAAGAUGGAGUUCUACCUCUUAGACUUAGAAUAUUGGAAAAUGCACCAACAUCAUGGUUACCACAAAUCAAAACACUUACAAAUCUCAAGACAUUAACAGUUGGUAAUGCUUCACAAGAUUUUCAUAUGGAUUUGAAUUGUCUACCAGCUUCACUCACAAGAUUGGAAUUUCGCACUCGUAUCACGUUGAUAAAUGAAAUGCCACCAACUAUUAGAUAUCUGGAUAUAGAGAAAUGUGAUUAUGACUUUAAUAGUGUAUUCAAAGAUAGGUCGAUGUAUCAAUUGGAUUAUCUCAGGUUAAAACCAAUAGAUUCUACUACUACUAUUCUUGAUGACAUGAAGAUCAAAGAAUUGGAAUUCAAUAUGAUGAUUGAUGAUGGAUCUAUAGCUAUGAAAAACUCAAAGGAUAGUAAAGAAGAAGUGGAUAUUCCAUUCGGUAUUGAAACACUUUCAGUUCAAUUGACAUCGAAAUUUCAAAAAUCGAUAUCGAUACCGAGUUCAGUGAAAAAGUUGGUACUCUCCAAAGAGUUGGAUUGUAUUGGUGGUCUUCAGAAGCGAUAUGACAUGUCAGGUGCAGGCUCCAUUCAAGAAUUGGUCAUAGUCUGUGAUGAAAUAUCAUUUUUCUCUCAGAGAAAUUCAGUUUAUAUUCCACCCAUUAUCUUUGCACCAACGACUUUAAUUCAUCUCUGCGAUAUUCGAAAUGAAAAGAUAUGGAUUCGAAUGAUUCACAAUCAAUAUUACCUUGUAUACAGUCAAUCACCCAUCAUGACCGCCAUCGUCCAUAAAUCACAAAUUUAUAAAUACAUUCUAUACAUUAUUAAUGUGUAUCAAAAAUGA